CCCAUUCCGGAAUCCACGGAUCCUCGGUGUCCAGAGUGCUGCCCUGGGGCUCCAGAAACCAGUCUUGACGCCUGGCCGAGCACAGACUCAGGAACCUCACGCCAGCUGCUUGUCUUCUGCUGCUGAACUUCUGCGUUCAUUAGUUCAGAGGUGGCCGCCAGCCUAUGCUGCGUGCUCUGCCCUGGCUGGGACGCAAACAUGUCGGGGAUCGCCCUCAGCAGACUCGCCCAGGAGAGGAAAGCUUGGAGAAAAGACCACCCAUUUGGUUUUGUGGCCGUCCCAACAAAAAAUCCCGACGGCACGAUGAACCUCAUGAACUGGGAGUGCGCCAUUCCCGGGAAGAAGGGGACUCCAUGGGAAGGAGGCUUGUUUAAACUACGGAUGCUGUUCAAAGACGAUUAUCCAUCCUCACCUCCGAAAUGCAAGUUUGAACCGCCGUUAUUUCACCCGAACGUGUACCCCUCGGGCACAGUGUGCCUGUCCAUCCUGGAGGAGGACAAGGACUGGAGGCCGGCCAUCACGAUUAAGCAGAUCUUAUUAGGAAUACAGGAACUUCUAAAUGAACCAAAUAUCCAAGACCCAGCUCAAGCAGAGGCCUACACGAUCUACUGCCAAAACAGAGUGGAAUACGAGAAAAGGGUUCGAGCACAAGCCAAGAAGUUUGCUCCCUCAUAAGCAGCGACCUGUGGCAUCAUAAAAAGGAAGGGAUUGGUGUGGCAAGAACUUGUUUACAACAUUUUUGCAAAUCUAACGUUGCUCUCUACAAUUACUGGUCACCUGGGGAGGGUUGGGCGGGCGCCAUUUUCCAUUUCCGCCACUGGUACAGUCUCGGCUCGCUGAAUCGCCCAGUUUUUCAUACAGGGUCUCUUCCUUCAGUCUUUUGUAUUUUUGAUUGUUAUGUAAAACUUGCUUUUAUUUUAAUAUUGAUGUCAGUAUUUCAACUGCUGUAAAAUUAUAAACUUUUAUACUUCAAUGAGUCCCAAGGAGCUAGUUCCUUUGCUCGCGGAUGCAGGCAUGCUUCACGCCGUCUAGAGCUGCACUUAGCCUUCAGCUGGCUGCACGAAACAAAAUCAGACCUGCCCCGCCCCGCCGCCUCCUCUCCCAGAGCCCGGCUUGUGUUGCUUACGAGCCUCAGAUCCAGUCAGCCAGCGUCGCGUUUCCGCAUCACUUCCUUUGUGUUUAUAUGGCGUUUGUCUGUGUUGCUGUUUAGAGUAAAUAAACUGUUUAUAUAAA